AUGCGACGGGGUCUUCUCGGGAAUAUCGGAAUGUGCGCUGUCCUUCUUGUUGAAACGCGAGUUGACAGUGUCCAUGACGAGGUACACGCCAAAGAUAGCGGAAGCCAAACCCAGACCUGUAAAGGGUUUCUUGGCACAGUUGGAGAUGAAGGGGUGGCUUCUCCACGCGUCCUGAUGAGCAAGAACCUGGAGUCGAGUGAGCUUCUUGACGACCGCAAAUUAUAUCUAAUGCAACUUUGCAAGAAGAUGUUGCCAGAGAAAUCAAAUGCUCGGAAAGGAGGAUCAGGUGUAGCCAACGUAGCUCGACAGACAUGGGAUCGUGAGCAUUAUGAGAAACUCGCGGAGCUUCGUGCGAAUGGUCAAUUCGAGACGACACAGACGAAAAAAGUGAUUGCGUCUUCAAAAGAGGAGUUCCAGACUGCUAAUGAAGGAGCUGCAGGACCUGCGGGAUCAGCACGAGCGUUUCUGAAGGCUCGUUCUGCUAAAGUAGCACUUGAAAAUAGUGUGGGCACGAUCAAAGUGGUGAAAUCGGAUGAAUUAAGUAAACACGGUGGUUAUUAUUGCGAGGUGUGUGAGUGUGGCCUCAAGGAUUCGGUGGCUUAUCUGGAUCACAUCAAUGGCAAAAAGCAUUUGCGCAAGCUUGGCUUUAGUAUGCGAGUGGAACGCUCGACAGUGGAUCAGGUGAAGAAUCGAUUGCAGAGCGCAUCCAAGCGUAAAUAUGACUUUAUAACGACAAAGAAGCUGGACACGAUGGAAGAUUACGAGAAAAAGUUGAAGGCAAUUGAAGAAAAAGAGGCUCAAGCGAAGCAAGAGAAAAAAGAGCAGAAGAGAGCCAAGAAAUUGGGAAAACAGGUAUUGGACCUCGACAUGAAGCACCAUAACGUUGUGGAAAUCAUAUCUGAUGCUGAUGAUAAAGUUCCUGAUGACACUGAGGCGGAGAUGAUGGCCAUGAUGGGUUUUGGUGGGUUUGGUGGCUCGAAAAAGUCGUGA